AUGGACGCCUUUGCGAGAUUACAGUUGAUGAGACGUUUUAUUGAACAACACCCUUCUAUGGAAAGUAUCAUGGACUAUGGUCGUAUGGCCCAAAUGACUCAAGAUGAAGUGUUGAAAUAUUUAGAUAUAUUUGGAAAUGAGCAAUGGAAAGCCUUGAAGAAAAAGCACGGUAUAAAUACGUCUUUUGGCCUGAGUGACUCCAGCGACUCCUCAGACUGGGACGACAGUGAUUCUGAGACAAGGAGCAGAUCACUCUUACAGGAAAACACAUCUGAAAACAAACCAACAGAUGGUGGCACUUCCCAAAAGUCAGACACAUCCCAUGAAGAAGAGGGUCUGGAUUCGAGAAGCUCGUUUGUGAGUGAAGCUGCAGAGGCCGGUCUGGCAGAGGCUGGAGUGGAGGUUCACUGCUCCACCAUCACUCGACUCUUGAACAAACACGGACUUCAGGUCAAACAGAAGAAAAGCUCUGCUGCAGCUUCACAAACACUCACCUCCAUCAUUUCAAAUGAACCAUCAGGAAAUGAUCCAGGCCUUUCUGCUUCGGAUCGACCCGCCUGA